UGAGCACUCCCUCAAACGACGAGGCAGACUUUGCACUGUCAAUCUAAGCACGUUGAAAGUACAAAGAGCCCCCCCCCGCUCCCAGCUAGGUCUCCUUUCCAACACCCCACACGCAUUACCGAUAUAAUCACCACAAUCAUUACAACAACUGCAGCCACUGCACUGGCCACCACUUUGUCGCCCAACAAGAUGAGCGCACCACCUCUAAAUGAGGCAGCACUUAUUUCAGAUGGUGCUCGUUUCUACAAUCCCGCUGAGGCAAUCUCUCCCGUUGUAGAGGCUACGCCAGAAACAAAGCAAAGUGUGUCACCUCCCCAGAAUAAGACUCGGCACAAGCUUCAUAUAUUGGAGAAGAUGGCCGAUUCACUCUGCUUCGUGAUAACAAGAUACAAAGCUCGCAUAGACUCGCUCCAGAGGGAAGUUGAAUUGCUUAAAGAGGCCAAGAGUAGGCUGGAAUUUAAAAAUGAUGGUUUGAAAAGAGACAUACGUGAGGUGGAGCGAUCAUAUGCGAAUAUCAAAGCGCAAAAGGACAGUUUGAAGGCAGAACUUGAUAACUAAAACUUCGAGCAACUUCGGAUUCUGGUGUAGAGGGCUCAAGCAAGA